AUUCAGUUAUGUGAUAAAAAUAUUAUUGGGCAUUUACACAUUAGACAACAUUAUCUGUGAAAUUUUGAUUAUUAUAUCAGCAAUCGUGGUGUUGUUUGAUUGCAUUUAACUACUAGAUACCAUUGUUCUCAUUUGAAAAUUGUUGAAGCCUGUAUACUAUUAUUUGAUUAGACCACACAAUGUCCGAAGGUACCAUUCGUAGCAUUGACCCAUUGGCCUACUACGUCAACAAUGUGUCUGAUUUGGAUAAAGAUGUAGUUAUUGCACACAAGAAUGAAGAUAAAGAUAGUCUCCAAAAACUCCUCUCGAGGUCCAAAUAUGAUUAUGAUAUUUUUUUAUGUGUCAACAAACACUGGCAUGCCUUUAUGCUCUGUGUCGCGGUUGGUGGAGAUGGUCCUAACAGCCCAUUACUGGAUGAACUAAUGCCAGAUGCAGACAGUAAGCCAUUUGAUAUACCCGAGGUAAACUUGUGUUACCAAAUUGAGCUGGUGUUUGAAGAAGUCCAAUUAAAGACGUACAAGAUCCAGAAGAAAUUUGGUAUUUUUAAAGAUUUCAAACACAGCAUAAAGAGAAGUUAUUAUGUUGGUAAAUACAAAGGUACGAGUCCAUACGCAUUGGAUCUGGCAGCACUAAGAGCAGCCCCACACCGAUACAACACGCUUUUGAAUGACUGCGUCGAAUUUGCAAAAGAAUUUUGCAUUCGAUUAGCGAAAAAUUGUGAAAAUGGGCACGAAUUUGAAGUAACAGUGAAAAACAGGAUAAAAAAUGCUACAGCAUCGGGAUUCAGUGUCGAGACGUUGUCAAGAAGAGUGCAAAGUUCCGCAAUUCUUGGAAGCACAUUCUUGGGAGGAAUGGAUGUAAGCAGCUUCUUGUCCGGAACACACAGUACAGCAGUUGUGUUAGCAGUGGUUGUUUUUCUCCUGACUUAUCCCAUUCUGGUUACUCUACUGGUGGUAAUAAUUCUAAAAUACUACAGCAUUUUGUAAUGUUUACUCCGAAAGAUAUUCUAUCGCAAAAUCAAAUGUAUGACAUUCCAGCUAUCUAGAGGUGCCAAAAUCAUAAAUUUGCUUACCUCAACCCAAACUAUGCUGGGAGUAAGGCAGUAUAGAACCUAUAUUUGUAAAAUGUAGGUUCCCCACCCAUUUUCAAACUGUUGGACCCGCCUCUGCAGACCUCCCGAAAUUUACUUAUUUCAACUUGGGACCCCUGAACAAGGGUGGCACCAACGAGGGGGUAGGCAUUUUCUACAUAUUAAUAGACUUUAAACCGAUUAAAUAAGCCUUUGAAACCCCUAAAUUGUCAACAUUUUCUGUGGUUUCGCUUAAAUUUCGUAUCUCAGUAGCCAUUGCAUCAAUGUACAAACAUUUAUCAAGAGUCUCAGCUUAUUAUGGAAACAAGUACACUUGGCCUUAACAUUUUUGGAAAGGUGUAAAUUCCCACAUUUCUGAACAUGUCACAAAGUAAAUAGGUUGUUAGGUUUUCUUUAUAGGACUUGUUUUCAUAAUUGCAAUCAGUUUACAUUAAAAGUAUUAUAUUGUGCAAUUAUUAGGAGCUUUGGUCUCCAUUUAAAUAUUAAAGGAAAAAACAUGAUUGAAAAAAUACGAAGACGAGCAACUAGAAUGAUAUAAUUAUUACUAUGACACUUGAAAUGGGAAGGUACAACACUGAUCUCAUCCUCUUCUACAUGAUGAGGGCGGGUGAAAUAGAAAUGACAUUGAUUCAUAUAUAUCUCGACCUAAUUAUCAAUAUUGUUCUCGUUUUGCAUCUCAUGAUAAUUAUUCAAAUCCUUGAAUUGAUAUAUUCAAAUUUUCAUUUUUUAGCAGAGUCUUUAUACUACUGUUAUAAAGCACAGUGAGAAAAUAAUCAUAGUCUAUUAGUUUAUGCAGUUGAUGUUAUCAUACAGUAGAGGGAUACAAUCAAUUUAGACAGGCCUACCAUAUUUCUUUCUUUAUUGUUAAAGGAAUUUUUGAGGAUGGUUUAUGGAGGGAGGCAUUUAUUUGUAUUUUUCGGAAUUAAAUUUAAUAUUGUACAGUACUCAAAUAAACCAUUCACUCGUUAAA